UCCACACGAUUCUUUUCCCACCCCACAUCCGAAAUGUUUUCUCAUACUCGUCUUCACUCUCUCGAUCUAUCAUCAAUUUAUCAAUGGCUGCCACCCCCUCUGUUUCCUGGAACUAUCUCCCCAAGAACUACUAUCAACGAUCAAAGAUAUUCUCCGCUGGACCAUGUCCCAUUUCUUCAAAACCUCCACACAAAGAAAACCCAAGAAAUACGUCGCUCAAGGCUUUUAGAAAUGCCCAAAUUUCUUCUCCAAUUACAGCUCACGGAUCUCAAUACAAGUUUUUGCAACCGGGUACUCAAAGAACUAGGUCUAAUCGAAUCGUUUCGCUGAAAUCCGCAGGCUCAGAUAGCAGCAUUACCUCCAAUUUACUCCAAACUGCAUUGGGAGUAGUGCAUUUGGUUGUUUCACUUGGGAUCAUACUGGCAACAGAUAAAUACUUGAAACAAGCUUUCGUCGCCGCUGCUAUUAAGUUCCCAAGUGCUCUUUUCGGGAUGUUCUGUAUAUUCACUGUUCUUGUGAUUCUCGAUGUUACUAUUCCAGCAGCUGCUAAGGGUCUGGAGAACUUCUUUGAACCUGCACUCUUGUUUAUCCAAAGAUGGCUGCCUCUGUUUUAUGUCCCAUCUUUGGUAGUUUUGCCUCUAGCUAUUCAAGACAUCCCCGCAGCUUCAGGAGUCAAAAUCUGCUUCAUUUUAGUUGGAGGGUGGCUGGCUUCACUUGCUGUUGCAGGAUAUACAGCUAUAGCUGUUAGAAAAAUGGUGAAAACAGAAAUGGUUCCUGCAGAACCUAUGGCAAAACCUUCAGCUUUUUCCACACUGGAGGUAGCUGCUUGGAGUGUGAUUUCUGUUGCAUCAUUUGCUGCAGCCCUCAAGUACCCUGAAUUACUUGGAACAAAUGCUAGAACAUGUUUGCCAUUCUUGUUAGGAUCAACUGUUUUAGGAUACAUGGUUGGCACUGGGUUACCAUCUGGUCUGAAGAAGGUUUUUCACCCAAUCAUCUGUUGUGCAUUAGCAGCAGAUCUUGCAGCUUUUGCUUUUGGAUAUUUUUCCAAGUCUGGACUUUAUCCAAUUCUUGGAUAUUACCUUACAAAAGUGUCAUCUAAUCCUGGAGCUGGUGACAUCUUAAUGGGGUUUUUGGGAUCAGUUAUCCUCUCCUUUGCGUUCUCAAUGUUCAAGCAAAGAAAGCUUGUUAAACGACAUGCAGCCGAAAUCUUCACAUCUAUCAGCAUAGCAACUUUGUUCUCUUUGUAUUCAACAGCACUUCUUGGAAGACUUGUUGGUUUAGAACCAACUCUCACCAUAUCAAUCCUACCUAGAUGUAUAACUGUUGCACUUGCUCUCAGCAUUGUCUCCCUUUUUGAAGGGGCCAAUUCAUCAUUAACUGCUGCUGCUGUUGUUGUGACUGGUCUUAUUGGAGCCAACUUUGUACAAGCAGUGCUGGAUAAACUUAAAUUUGAUGACCCUAUUGCCCGAGGAAUUGCAACUGCAUCUAGUGCACAUGGACUGGGAACAGCAGCAUUAUCAGCAAAAGAACCGGAGGCUCUGCCAUUUUGUGCCAUAGCAUAUGGUCUAACAGGCAUUUUUGGCUCCCUGGUUUGCUCAGUUCCAGCUGUCAGACAGAGCUUGCUUGCUAUUGUUAAUUGUUAAUUGUUAAUUGUUAAUGUUGGCUGAAAAGAAUCACUCCUACUCUACUCCUAUCUAUUGUUUGUUGAUCAAUGAUCACUGAAUCUUUCCCUUGUAUAUUUAUUGCUUCUGUGUAAAUGUGUUGGAUGUAUUGCAUUCCAAGUAAAUGAGAUCAAUGGUAACAUUUCCUGUC